AAUCUGUCCGCACUCAUCUGUUUAAUACGGCCCUGCAGCCCUCUAUGUGGUGUGUGUGUUUAUUUUUGCGUGUAUGUGUGUGAACUCAGGCCUGCAGCUCCGAAUCCCUCACACAUGAAUACACACGGUUUAUCUGAACCCUGGAAGCUGAAUAAACAUACAAUUUCUGUCUCUUAAUAUUGUUGUAGAAUAAUUAUAAUAUAUUGUGAUAAAUUAUGAUUACAGAAUGCAUUGUGAUUGUAAUAGAAUGGGAAAAACGACUUUUUAUCUGGAAUUAUGCAAUGUUUGUGGUGGUGUGUCAGGUGUGAUUUACCUUAACUUUUCUGCUCACUCCGUUUGAGUGGAUGAUUUUGACCACCAUCAUUGCCAACUGCAUCGUACUGGCUCUAGAACAACACUUACCAGAGGGAGACAAAACUCCACUGUCAGAACGAUUGGAUGACACAGAGCCGUAUUUUAUUGCUAUUUUCUGUUUUGAGUCGGGCAUCAAGAUUCUGGCACUGGGAUUCGCCUUUCACAAGGGAUCCUACCUGAGAAACGGCUGGAACGUGAUGGACUUUGUGGUGGUGCUCACGGGUAUCCUGUCAUCCGUGGGGUCAGAAUUAGACUUGCGGACAUUGCGAGCGGUCAGAGUGUUGCGGCCACUGAAAUUAGUGUCAGGAAUUCCAAGCCUGCAGGUGGUGCUCAAGUCCAUUAUGAAGGCCAUGAUUCCACUGCUGCAGAUUGGUGUGCUCUUAUUUGUGGCCAUCCUCAUGUUUGCCAUCAUCGGCCUGGAGUUUUACAUGGGCAAAUUCCACGAAACCUGCUUUGACAAAACCACAGAUGACAUGUUUGACGAACAGCCCUGUGGUAAGGCACAUCCGGCUCGAGAGUGUCCGAAUGGGACGGAGUGUAAGGGCUACUGGGAGGGGCCAAACUAUGGCAUUACGCAGUUUGACAACGUCCUCUUCGCUGUACUGACUGUUUUCCAGUGCAUCACCAUGGAGGGUUGGACUGACAUGCUUUAUUACAGUAAUGAUGCCUUAGGGAGUGCCUGGAACUGGAUGUACUAUGUGCCGCUCAUCAUCAUCGGAUCCUUCUUCAUGCUCAAUCUGGUGUUGGGUGUCCUCUCUGGUGAGUUUGCUAAAGAGAGAGAGCGUGUGGAGAACAGGAGUGAGUUCCUCAAGCUCAGACGACAGCAACAGAUCGAGAGAGAACUCAACGGAUAUCUGGAGUGGAUCUGCAAAGCAGAGGAGGUUAUUCUUUCCGAGGAUGACAAUGGCACCGGUGACCGAUCUCGUCGCAGGCCCACAUUAAAGAAAAACAAAGCUGACUUGUUAAAUCCAGAAGAGGGGGAGGACCACAUGGGAGACGCAGCUGGCUCACCAUUUGCUCGUGGGAGCAUAAAGAGCGGAAUGGUUGAUGGAACCGAUUUCAAUAAGAAAGAACGGCGUCUCCGUUUCUUCAUUCGAAAAAUCGUAAAGACGCAGGCGUUCUACUGGACCGUCCUCAGUCUGGUGGGACUCAACACACUGUGUGUGGCUGUCGUUCACUACGAUCAGCCCGAGCUACUGUCAGACUUUCUAUAUUAUGCUGAGUUCAUUUUCCUAGGCCUCUUUAUGUCAGAGAUGCUGAUUAAGAUGUACGGACUGGGGACGCGCCCUUAUUUCCACUCCUCAUUCAACUGUUUCGACUGUGCCGUCAUCGUUGGCAGCAUAUUUGAGGUGUUGUGGGCCAUGGUUAAGCCGGGGGCAUCCUUUGGAAUCAGUGUGUUACGUGCUCUCAGACUUCUUCGGAUCUUCAAAGUCACCAAGUACUGGGCAUCUCUGCGAAAUCUGGUCGUGUCUCUUCUGAGCUCCAUGAAGUCCAUCAUCAGUUUACUUUUCCUUCUGUUCCUCUUCAUUGUGGUCUUCGCUCUUCUCGGCAUGCAGCUUUUCGGUGGACAGUUUAACUUUGACCAAGGCACUCCUCCCACAAACUUUGAUACGUUCCCUGCUGCCAUAAUGACAGUGUUUCAGAUUCUAACAGGUGAGGACUGGAAUGUGGUGAUGUAUGAUGGCAUAAAGUCUCAGGGAGGAGUGGACAGAGGAAUGAUCUUCUCUGUAUUUUUCAUCGUCCUCACGUUGUUUGGCAACUACACUCUACUGAAUGUAUUCUUGGCUAUCGCUGUGGACAACCUGGCCAAUGCUCAGGAACUAACAAAGGAUGAACAGGAGGUAGAGGAGGCCACGUCUCAGAAGAUCGCUCUGCAGAAAGCGAAAGAAGUAGCAGAAGUCAGUCCGCUGUCUGCCGCCAACCUCUCAAUCGCUGCUAAAGAGCAGCAGAAGAACUCGAAAGGUUCCAAGUCGGUGUGGGAACAGCGCACAAGCGAGAUCCGCAGACAGAACCUGAUGACCAGCAGAGAGGCGCUUUAUAAUGAACUUGAUGCAGAAGACCACUGGAAGAUGAAUUUCCGCAACCGUACUGACAUGAAGACCCACCUGGACCGUCCACUAGUCGUAAAUCCUCAGGAUAACCGCAACAACAACACCAACAAGCCCCGGCCGGGUGACCCGAGCCCCCAGGAGGGUGAAGAAUACCUGCAGCGCCAGCCCCGAUAUCACCACCACCAUCAUCAUCAUCAUCAUCACCACCACCAUCAUACACACUCCAGUCGCCAGUCCCUGCAACAACCAGAGCUGGGGGACACAGGCUUCCCGAGAGGAGAGGACGUGGAGGGUGCAGGGGAGCACAGGCGACCCCGACACCACCAGCACAGAAGGAGGGAUGAAGAUGGAGGUGAAAGAGGUAGGAGACACAGAGAACACCACAGCAGAGGAGGAGAGACGGGAGGAGAGGGGGAGGAGGGGCAAGACAAGAAGCAGAGGAAGCAUCGCCAUGGAAACCAUGGGGAUGGAGAUGGAAGGAGGGAAAGGGAACGGAGUCGACAGCAUCGGGCUAGAAAAGAGGGUAGUCUGUCUACCUCUCGUCCGAUCCAGCCAGGAGAGAGCCAGUACAGCGAGGAUCUGGACAACCUGCGCAACAGCAGCAAGAUGGCCAUCCACUUCCCUGACCCUGACCCUGACCUUUACUACCCUUAUUGUGAUCCAGAACAGACCAAUAACUUGCUGAACCUACAAGGACCAGAUUUCCAUAAUAGCAAUCUCAUUCUAACAGACUCCACCGAGACCCCAAGAAAGCUGGACCACAGUGCCAUAGAUAUGCCCCCCGUUUACCCCUCACUCAAUGCCAAGUUACAAGUGAAUAAGAAUGCAAACACAGAACCAGCUAAAGCAGGAGAGAAGAAGGAGGAAGAGGAAGACAAUGGUGGUGACGAAGAUGGACCCAAGCCAAUCCCACCAUUUAGUUCAUGUUUUAUUCUUUCCACCACCAACCCGUUCCGGAGAUGCUGUCAUUACAUCUUGACAUUGCGAUAUUUCGAGAUGUGCAUUCUAUCGGUCAUCGCUAUGAGCAGUAUCGCUUUGGCCGCAGAAGACCCGGUGUGGCCUGAAUCACCUCGAAACAAUGUUCUGCGCUACUUUGACUACGUCUUCACUGGUGUGUUCACCUUCGAGAUGCUUAUUAAGAUGGUGGUGUUAGGCUUGGUUUUGCACGAGGGCUCGUAUUUUCGUGACCUGUGGAACUUUCUGGACUUUGUAGUGGUUAGUGGUGCCCUGGUAGCCUUUGCCUUCACGGGGAGCAGUAAGGGGAAAGACAUCAGCGUCAUCAAGUCCCUGAGGGUCCUAAGGGUGCUUCGGCCUCUGAAAACCAUCAAACGUCUUCCCAAGCUCAAAGCUGUAUUUGACUGCGUAGUCAACUCUCUGAAGAACGUGUUAAACAUCCUCAUUGUCUACAUGCUGUUCAUGUUCAUCUUCGCCGUGGUGGCCGUGCAGCUCUUUAAGGGGCGAUUCUUUUACUGCACCGAUGAGUCCAAAGAGUUCGCCCGUGACUGCAGGGGCGAGUAUUUGGUGUAUGAGCAUGAAAACCAGGUGAAGUCAGAGAAGCGGGAGUGGAAGAAGUACGAUUUUCACUACGACAACGUGCUUUGGGCCCUGCUCACUCUCUUUACUGUGUCCACUGGAGAGGGCUGGCCACAGGUGUUGAAACACUCUGUGGACUCCACUUAUGAGGAACAGGGCCCGAGCCCGGGAUACCGGAUGGAAAUGUCCAUCUUUUACGUGGUGUACUUCGUUGUCUUUCCCUUCUUCUUCGUAAACAUCUUUGUAGCUCUCAUCAUCAUAACCUUCCAGGAGCAAGGAGACAAGAUGAUGGAGGACUACAGUCUUGAAAAGAAUGAGAGAGCCUGUAUUGAUUUUGCUAUAAAUGCCAAACCUCUAACGCGCCACAUGCCCCAGAACAAGCAAAGCUUUCAGUACCGAAUGUGGCGGUUUGUGGUAUCGCCUCCUUUUGAGUACAGCAUCAUGGCUCUCAUUGCACUCAACACAAUCGUCCUAAUGAUGAAGUAUAACAAAGCCUCAAAGGAAUAUGAUGAAGUCCUGAAGAACCUGAACAUUGCGUUCACCAUACUCUUCUUCAUGGAGUGCAUUCUGAAAAUCAUUGCCUUUGGCCCCCAAAAUUUCGUCCGAGAUGCUUGGAAUAUUUUUGAUUUUGUGUCCGUUCUCGGCAGCAUCACAGAUAUUUUAGUGACAGAGUUAGGGAAUAACUUCAUAAACCUGAGUUUUCUGAGACUCUUCCGAGCAGCCCGUCUCAUUAAGCUCUUGAGGCAGGGCGAGACCAUUCGCAUUCUGCUUUGGACCUUCGUGCAGUCCUUUAAGGCUCUGCCAUAUGUGUGCCUGCUCAUUGCAAUUCUGUUCUUCAUCUAUGCCAUCAUUGGCAUGCAGUUGUUUGGGAACUUGGCUUUGGAUGAAGAGGGAGAGAGAGCCAUCAAUGAACACAACAACUUCAGAACCUUCAUCAUGGCCCUCAUGCUCCUUUUUAGGAGUGCCACGGGCGAGGCAUGGCACGAUAUCAUGCUGGCAUGUCUUGGAGGGAUGCCGUGUGAUCCAGACUCUGGGAAUGAGGGACAAGAGUGUGGCAGCAACUUUGCCUAUGCUUACUUUGUCUCUUUCAUCUUCCUCUGUUCUUUCCUGAUGCUGAAUCUGUUUGUUGCUGUCAUCAUGGAUAACUUUGAGUACCUGACCAGGGACUCUUCCAUCCUGGGACCACAUCAUUUGGAUGAGUAUGUCAGAAUAUGGGCAGAGUACGACCCCGCUGCCUGCGGGCGCAUUCAUUAUAAGGAUAUGUACAGUUUAUUGCGGGUUAUCGACCCCCCGCUGGGCUUAGGCAAGAAAUGUCCUCAUAGGGUGGCCUGCAAGAGACUGCUGCGUAUGGACCUACCUGUUGCCGAUGACAACAGCGUACAUUUCAACUCCACUCUGAUGGCCCUGAUCCGCACAGCCCUGGACAUCAAAAUUGCCAAGGGAGGUGCGGACAAACACCAGAUGGACGCGGAGCUCCGUAAGGAAAUGAUGGCGAUUUGGCCAAAUCUCUCCCAGAAGAACCUGGAUCUGCUGGUAACGCCACACAAGUCGACAGACCUGACGGUGGGCAAGAUCUACGCCGCCAUGAUGAUCAUGGAGUACUACCGGCAGAGCAAGGCCAAAAAGCUGCAGGUGCUUCGUGAGGAGCAGAACCGAACGCCAUUAAUGUUUCAGCGCAUGGAGCCAUCCCCGAACCAUGAAGGAGGACAGGGGCUGAACGGCCUCCCUGAGUUACCACAGGAACCUGUCAACAGCCUACCUCCAGAGGGUGGUAUGAGUGAGAGCCAGUCAUGGGUGACAUCGCGUGCCCAGGAAAUGUCCCAGAAGUCUGUUCCGGAAAACUGGAACCCAGUUAGACCUUAUCCGGAAGAUCACCACGACAGCCGGCACAAUCCACAGACGGUAGAAAUGAGAGAAAUUGGGCCUGUUGGGGACGGUUACUCGGACACUGACCCCUGUCACUCAAUGGAAGGGCAUGGGCGGACCAUCUCCAUGCCACGCCUCUCAGCAGACAACCAACGACGGAGACACAGGCCGCGAGGAAGUAACCUCAGUACCAUCACAGACACAAGUCCAAUGCGGCGCUCUACGUCCUCAUUGGUCCACGGACGUUCAGGUCGAGGCGUGCGAUUGGACGAUUACUCUCUGGAGCGGGUGGUGUCAGAGGAGGGUCACAGACAUGGACCACGAAGGAGAGAACGAGAGCGGGAGAGAGAUCGCAGUCACCGCACCUCAGAGAGAUCCCUAACCCGCUAUACAGACGCAGACACAGGUCUGGGCACGGAUCUUAGCACCACUACACAGUCAGGUGAUCUUCCAACUAAAGAGAGAGAGCGAGAGCGGGGUCGAGCAAAAGACCGCCACCACCACCACCAUCAUCAUCAUCACCACCACAGCUCGGUGGAUAAGGAGCGGUACAGUCACGAGCGGGACUACCCUCGUCAUCCUCACGACAGAUGCGACCGCCAUUGGUCCCGCUCACCGAGUGAGGGCCGUGGUCACCGACAGGGCAGUAGUUCCGUGAGCGGGAGCCCCGUUCCCUCGACGUCGGGGACCAGCACCCCCCGGCGUGGUCGUCGGCAGCUGCCCCAGACCCCGUCCACACCACGCCCUCACAUCACCUACUCCCCCGCCAUCCGCAAGCCUCCGUACGGCUCGCCGGGACAGGGACGACUCCACUCCCCUUCCCCGCGCAACUUCUCCCCGCCGGGUCACGAACCACCCUACCACCUCCCGCCCUCUCGCCAUGCCUCGCCCCAUCAUGGCUCACCCCGGCACACCUCCCCACGGUCCCCCAGACACGCUUCACCCAAAUCACCACGCCAUGGCCGCUGGGGCCCACCGCCGGACAGCCUGGAGGGCGACGGACCAUUUUACAACCGGGACUACGAAUACGAGCACCACCACGAGCCACCUGCCUACGAGCAGAGUCUGUCACAGGGCAACCCCCAUCCUCAUUCACAACCUCACCCCCGUUCGCCAAGGACUGCUCGUCAGGGGCCUCCCCACCCGCGCCGCAUGCCUAAUGGCUACCGUUCUUCCUCGCCCUCCCCGCACCACCGCAGCCCCCACCCGGGUCCGAAUCGGCCACCGCAAGGCCGCGGGCCCCGGAAGGGGCUGCACGAACCCUAUAGCGAGACGGACGAGGAUGAUUGGUGCUAGCGCACAGGGUGACCAGGAGGGAGCGCCACUCAUCGUAAGCCAACUAGCGUUGAGAUGUUUAUGCAGAGCUGCAGGGAGAGAGGGGGUGGAAGGGGACGUGGAAUAGAAGGACGUAUGAGACUCUCAAAGAGGGAAAAGAGCUCUAACUUCAGCUCCCCUACUCCCUCUCUUUUGCCUUUUCCUGCUCUCUGGACUACAUUUCCCACGAUGCAAGGGAAUGUUUUGGGGAGCACAUGAGAGAUAUGUGGGGUUUAGAUGGACUGAGCUUUAAAGUUCAGUGUUUCUGUGUUUGAUUGCUCCGCCCAGACUGAGCAAGACCAGUUGCUUCCUGUCGAUGAAAAAAGAGCUCUCAAUCAAAAAAGGAAAGUUGAAAAUGAAGCCAGAACCCCUUUUUUCCUCACAUAUUCCUCUUGAACCCCCCCCCCGCACCCCAAAAAAAAUGAAAGUAAAUCAAAGACUUUGAUGAAGAGCUCUUGAAAAAACAAGAGCUCUACCUACUGCAAAACCAGACCUUGCGCUGGCCAAUAUCGAUGAGUUUUAUCAUCUACAUUUACUGUUACCAACUCAAGAUGUUGAAUGACCUCAUCACCUGGGGGGAGGGGUUAACCGCAGAAGAGGCGUGGCAUAUACA